AUGUGCACCGCAGGUAUUCAUCUACUGCAUGUAGACUUGAGCAGCACGACAUGAAGGCGUUAACCUCACCAGAGCCUCACAGGAAGAGGAUGAGGAGGGUGUCUAAACCUGUGAUAGAGAAACGCAGACGGGAGAGGAUCAACCACAGUUUGGAGACUUUACGCCUGCUGAUGCUGGAAAACACACAUAAUGAGAAGCUAAAGAACCCCAAAGUAGAGAAAGCAGAGAUUCUGGAGAGUGUGGUCCAGUUCUUGAAGUCAGACAAGGAGCUGGUGGAGAAGGAUCACCGUGCAAUGACAUCAGUCCUGUCCAGGGGGCAAACUAGGACCGCCAGCCCCCAGCAGCACGACUACCAGGCCGGCAUGAGGUCCUGUCUCCUGAGGAUCACACACUUCAUAGCCGGUGAGAACCAGGACUCCGCCGCACGUGCUUCCAUUGGACUCUCUGAGCCUCAGACGAGUCCAUCAACCCCCGGACACGUGCCCCACAAACUGUACCCCCCAAAUCCACUGCAGGACGGGAUCUCAUCUCAUCCGUACUUGAGCCGAGGGGCUGAUUACCAGUACUGCGAUACCAGGAAACUCCUCUCCUCCCCUUCAGCCUGUGUCCAGAGUCCGGGCCCUGUGUGGAGACCCUGGCCCCAGUGA